AAAAUACCCACAGUGCUUCGGCCGGCAUUGAUUUCGAACUUAUUGCCGCUCUUCAAUUAUCUCAUCGAUUCGCGAAGAUGUGUGGCAUUUCAUCCCGUACCUAUAAAAAGAGAUCUGAUACGGCAUGAAGCUGAUUAUGAAAUGCGCGAUUCCAUAAUGAUUCUCGUAUUUGAAGCAUCCUGUACUCAGCAACAUAUUAAGACACUACAAAGCCCUAAAUGCGACAUAAUUUCAUAAUGGAAUUGUGCUGUUAACACUGUUUGCUUUAGGAAAUAUUUAACUAUUGGAAUUAUUUUUUUAAAACGAGAUGAUAACAGAUUGUUGAUAACAGAAACUUGAUUGAUAUCAAUAGGCUUAUCAGGAAGAAAGUCUAAGGCCGGAAUUAGAUUAUCCAUUGAAGAUUAAAGAUUAAAAUUUCACCAAUGAUGAAGACAAAGAAGUUUUGGGUUCUUUUGUUCUGAUUGGUCAAACUUCAAUCUUUCAAUCUUCAAUCUUAUUCUUCAAUGUGUAGUCUGAUUCUGAUCUAAGGAGACCACUUACGUAAAUAAUGGCCACAGAUUCUUGCAUAAAACAUAGUGCAUAAGGGAAUCAACCAAUCGAAAUUCUUCUUUUCUAUGGAAUGGGAGGAAAGGAAAAAUUCUGAUUAGUUGAUUCGCUUAUGCACUAUGCAUUAUGCGUUAUGCAAAAGUCUAAACUGCGGCCUUAGGGCUGCGUUUUAGUAUAUCCACACAACUUGCAUAGCUGCAUAAACGUAUGCAUAAAAAAAAUUAUCCAAUCGCAUUUCUCCUAUAUAAACGCGCGUAAAAUGUGAUUGGAUAAUUUUCUUUAUGCAACGUUUAUGCGACUAUGCAAGUUAUAUGGAAUGGCUCUAAAAGUGGAUCGAUUUUGUUUGUUCGAGUUAAGUUUCGAUUCUUUACACUCGCGACGCUUGUGAACUUGGUAAUGCUGUCGCCUGCGCAAGGAAGACCACAGGAAGUGUUAUGAAUGUUAAACGUAACUUAACGUCAUAAAAGCUGACCAUAUCGACUUCCUUCUAUUUUCGGAGACGAAAGCUAAUCUAAGAAGAACCCUGUAAAAAGGCGAUUUUUUUCUGCGAUUAAUUUUCGUCAGGAUUAUCGGGAAGGAAGAUUAAUCGCAAAACUGAGUCUCCUUAAUCUUUCUUCCUGGAGAAACAGCUGAUUCUUCCUUUUUUUAUAGUGCUUUCAAUGAGUUGGCAACACUGAUUGGCAGUAAAUUUGGAACACAGUAAUUAUUUUAUUAUUUGCGAGCAGAUGUUUGUAGAUUUUGUUAGGGUUAAUGUUGGGGUUAAUUAUAGAAAUCAGAAAUACGUUCGUUUAAAUCAUAAAUGCAGUGUUAAAUCAUAAAGUUUUUAUUAAAUUACAAUAAUGAAUUCAAAUGCAGUUUCAAAGUCUUCAGUUGCACCAUCCGUGCAGGAAUUUAGUAUUAGAGUACCAAAAAAUAGUAAGAAGAAGCAUAAUGUCAUGAGAUUCAAUGCAACACUGAAUGUAGAUUUUUCGAAAUGGUCCCAAGUAAAAAUGGAACGGGAGAACAAUAUGAAAGAGUACAAGGGUAUCGAAGAAGAAAUGCCAAAGUUUGGUGCUGGAUCUGAAUUUGGACGUGAUGCCAGAGAAGAAGCUAGAAGAAAGAAAUAUGGCAUUACCAGUAGGAAAUAUAAACCGGAGGAUCAACCAUGGAUUUUAAAAUCAGGAGGAAAAACUGGAAAGAAAUUCAAAGGUAUUCGGGAAGGAGGAAUCAGUGAAAAUGCUGCAUAUUAUGUCUUUACGCAUGCUGCUGAUGGUGCUAUAGAAGCCUUUCCUUUACAUGAAUGGUAUAACUUUCAACCAAUCCAGAGAUACAAGUCCCUCAGUGCCGAAGAGGCAGAGCAGGAAUUCAGUCGUAGGAACAAAGUAAUUAAUUAUUUCUCAUUAAUGUUACGAAAGAGAUUGAGAAAUGAUGAAGAUGGUGGAGAUGAAGAGGAACUAGUAGAAGGUGGUAAAGGCAAGAGACCUGGUAAAAAGGAGAAAGAACUGCAAAUAUCAGAAUUGGACGAAUGGAUGACUGAUGAUGAUGAAUCAGGCAGCGAUGAAGAUGAGAAUAAGAAAGGAUCUGAAGAUGAGGAUGAUGGAAAAAAGAAAAAGAAAGACAAAAUUCAAUUGGAAAAGAAGAAAAAGAAGAAAAAUGUCUCAGAUGAUGAAGCAUUUGAGGAAAGUGAUGACGGCGAUGAGGAAGGAAGAGAAUGUGAUUAUAUUUCUGAUUCUUCUGUUUCUGAAUCAGAAUCAGAACCACAGAAGGAAGUUAAGUCUGUGGCAGAAGAAGAUGCUUUGAGAAAGUUGCUCGUGUCCGACGAAGACGAAGAUGAGGAGGAACAGACAGAUAAAAAAGAUGGAGAAAUAGAUAAGGAUGAAGACGAGGAAGGAAAAGAAAAAGAUGAUAAAGAUAAAGACAAACUUUCUAAAGAAAUGGAUAAGAAGAAAGAUAAAAAGAAGAAGAAAAAAGCCAAGAAAAAGGAUCAGAAGAAAUCAGCGUCAGGAAAGGAUUCUUCCAGCGAUUUCUCUAGUGAUUCGGAAUCAGAUUCUGAUACAGCGUUAAAAGAAAAGGAUAAUAAGAAGCCUAACAGUGCACACAGCUCGAGAUCUGCAACACCGACACCUUCAGCGUCCGGUGUCUCAGAUUCUUUUAAGAGAAAGCAAUCUGGUUCUCCAGACUUAUCGCAAGCGAAAAAAUUAAAACUCGAUAAUUUCAAUCUAGUUCCAGUAACAUCAUAUAUACCGGGAACGAGCGAAUCGGGAAUCACAGAGGAUGCAGUGAGGCGAUAUUUAAUGCGCAAGCCUAUGACAACAACCGAGUUGCUGCAAAAAUUCAAAUCCAAGAAAACUGGUCUCACAUCCGAGCAACUUGUCAACAUUAUGACUCAAAUAUUAAAAAAGAUAAAUCCCACCAAGCAAACUAUCAAGAACAAAAUGUAUUUAUCAAUCAAAGCGCAAUCCAACUGAUGUCAGUGCGCAUAUGCCGUCUCGAGUUGCUCGAGAUUACACAUGUUUGUUCAGUUAUAU